AGGAGGGGAUGGUUCUGGGGUCCCACAAUUCAGUGGAGCAGGAGACAGUUCUUAGCCUGUAGGAGGAAGUCUUGGAGGCCAUGGGCACUCAGUCACUGUGAUUAUCAAGAUGAGCAGCAGCUGCUCGGGGCUGACCAGGGUCCUGGUGGCCGUGGCUAUAGCCCUGGUGUCUUCCUCCUCCCCCUGCCCCCAAGCUUGGGGCCCUCCAGGGGUCCAGUAUGGGCAGCCUGGCAGGCCCGUGAUACUGUGCUGUCCUGGAGUGAAUGCUGGGACUCCAGUGUCCUGGUUUCGAGAUGGGGACUCAAAGCUGCUCCAGGGACCUGAUGCUGGACUAGGACACAGACUGGUCUUGGCCCAGGUGGACAGCCCUGACGAAGGCACUUACGUCUGCCAGACCCUGGAUGGUGUAUUUGUGGGCAUGGUGACCCUGAAGCUGGGCUUCCCCCCAGCUCGUCCAGAGGUCUCCUGCCAAGCAGUAGACUAUGAAAACUUCUCCUGUACUUGGAGUCCAGGGCAGGUCAGCGGUUUGCCCACCCGCUACCUUACUUCCUACAGGAAGAAGACCCUGCCAGGAGCUGAGAGUGAGAGGGAAAGUCCAUCCACCGGGCCUUGGCCAUGUCCACAGGACCCUUUGGAGGCUUCCCGAUGUGUGGUCCAUGGGGCAGAGUUCUGGAGUGAGUACCGGAUCAAUGUGACCGAGGUGAACCCACUGGGUGCCAGCACGUGCCUACUGGAUGUGAGAUUACAGAGCAUCUUGCGUCCUGAUCCACCCCAAGGACUGCGGGUAGAAUCAGUACCUGGUUACCCAAGACGCCUGCAUGCCAGCUGGACAUAUCCUACCUCCUGGCGUCGCCAACCCCACUUCCUGCUCAAGUUCCGGUUGCAAUACCGGCCAGCACAGCAUCCAGCCUGGUCCACGGUGGAGCCCAUUGGCUUGGAGGAGGUGAUAACUGAUGCUGUGGCUGGGCUGCCCCAUGCGGUGCGAGUCAGUGCCAGGGACUUUCUGGAUGCUGGCACCUGGAGUGCCUGGAGCCCAGAGGCCUGGGGUACUCCUAGCAUUGGUCCCCUGCAGGAUGAGACACCUGAUGGGAGCCAGGGACACGAACAGCAGCUAGAGACAGUAGCUCAGGAGGACAGCCCCACUCCUCCAAGGCCUUCCUUGCAGCCAGACCCAAGGCCACUUGAUCAUAGAGACCCCUUGGAGCAAGUGGCUGUGUUAGCAUCUCUAGGAAUCUUCUCUUUCCUUGGCCUGGCUGUUGGAGCCUUGGCACUAGGGCUCUGGCUGAGGCUGAGACGGAGUGGGAAAGAUGGACCUCAAAAACCUGGGUUCUUGGCACCAAUGAUUCCAGCGGAAAAGCUUCCAGGAAUUCCAAACCUGCAGAGGACCCCGGAGAACUUCAGCUGAUUUCAUCUGUAACCCUGUCAGACUUGGGUGGUUAAAUGGACAGGCAGAAAAAGGCAGGGCAGUGGAUCCUAUGGAUGGAGGCGUCAGCUGGGAUGUGGAGCCCCUUUCUUUGACAUCUAUACUCCAGACUUGCUGCCGGCUGAAUGCUCUCUGGACCUCUGAUGUCGUCCUUGAGGUGGAAGUCCACCUGAGGAGUGUGUAUAGAAGUCUGUGUUCCUGUGACCGUGUGUGUGUGUGUGUGUGUACAGAUGAUUGAAGAGAGUGCGGUCUUUGGCUUGGCCCUUCUGGGGAGUGUGAAGAGGUGAAAUAAAAGAGACGGAAGUUUUUGGACAUUA